ACCAUAGCCACACACCACAGGUAGGGGAGGGAGGAGAGAAGAGGAAGCCGAGAGGCGGCGGCGGAGAUGGUUUCCCUGAAGCUGCAGAAGCGGCUCGCCUCGAGCAUGCUCAAGUGCGGCAAGGGCAAGGCCUGGCUCGACCCCAAUGAGGUCAACGAGAUCUCCAUGGACAACAACCGCCAGAACAUUCGUAAGUUGGUUAAGGACGGGUUCAUCAGCAAGAAGCCCCAAAAGAUCCACUCAAGGUCCCGUGCACGCAGAGCCCAUGAGGCAAAACAGAAGGGUCAUCAUUCUGGAUAUGGUAAGCACAGGGGUACCAGGGAGGCUAGGGGCAUGCUUCCCACCAAGAUUCUGUGGAUGAGGAGGAUGCGCGUGCUCAGGCGGCUGCUCCGCAAGUACCGUGAAGCAAAGAAGAUCGACAAGCACAUGUACCAUGACAUGUACUUGAAGGUCAAGGGUAACAUGUUCAGGAAUAAGCGUGUGCUUAUGGAAAGCAUUCACAAGUCAAAGGCUGAGAAGGCAAGAGAGAAGAUGCUCUCUGACCAGUUUGAGGCUAAGCCGUGA